UUAGCUGCAAUUCCAGAAGAUCGUGUCUCGCUCAGUAGCUCUUCGACACUUCUAGAAACUCUCCCACCCUCCCCCAGCCAGUUUGGCAAAUCGCAGGAUGGCAGAUACUUCUCAGAUAUCAGUGAACGAUGCGUCGCUUCGCAACCGGAAGGCUUUGAGUCGGAAAAAGUCAUCACAGUACGGCGUGCACGCAGUGACAGUGAUGUCUUCCAGGAUUCUCCAAGUGUCAGCACCAGUGGUGAUCAGCUGAACGACAGCUUACUCGAUGUGACAAUCCAUGAGACGCAGGAGCCAAAUGAUUCAGCUUGUGAAGCCGGCGGGCCGGAUCAGUCUGCAAAUGUGGCUCCGUUAACUGCAGGAGAUCUAUGGGAAACAGCCGAGGGAGAAGCGGGAGCGGGCCAGAAACAUCACCACCGUCUAAGCAGACUUGCUGAGGCCCUGAAAAAACGCAUGGCAAUCAAGUGCUCGGAUUUGGCAAUGUGGAAACGUGAGCCACAGUCACAGCAACCGGUUCACAAGAUUACAUUAUCUUCAGUCACCGAGCAGUGGGGCAUUUGCUGGAGUAUGGGAAGAUGUAUGGCGGAUUUGGCAGAUGUGCACAUUAUCGACUCGGAGCCACUGAGAAAACUGGAAGUAAUAUCGGCGAAAAGCAAAAAUCACAAAGAAAAUGAAAAUGAAAGUACGGAAGCAGCUACUAGCAGCCAGCAUUCGGAGCACAUGUUGCCGGACGUUUACACGCUCUAUCAUCCUCUUCCCAAGCUUAAUAUCCAAAUUGGCGAAGUUUUUUUGGCACCUCGAUAUUAUCGGUGA